ACCGAAAGUCGGUGUGCGAAAAUCGAAUUGGUAACGGAAGAAAACAUGAGAAAAAUAGAUACACUGAAUGAAAAAGAAUACGAACUCAAACGAGACGAAAUGUUGCGAGUGAUGAUGAAGCAUUACGCCAAAACACUCAGUCAAGUGACCACCUCGCCAUUGAAUGACUGGGUUCAAGCACCUUUAGCUGACAUAUACAUGCCAUCCAAUUUGCAGCUUAUGAAAAAAGACAAGGGGUCCUUUAUAAAAUCUGGUACACAAAUUACAGAAUACAGAAAUGUAUUUUUAACGGAUGGUGAACAAAGCCGACCUACGUUUAUUCAAGGCGAAGCGGGUUCUGGUAAACUCACUUUCCUUGCAAAGUUAAUUAUGGACUGGUGUAGUGCUAUGACGACAAAAUUAGUCGAAGCCUUGCCGACGGCUGAAACUAACAGCGCCGAUCGUGAUUCACGAAUAAAACGAGGUCAUUACUUUAAAGAUUUUACUUCUCUUAAAUCGUACAUGUUCAUAUUUCAUGUCACUUUAAGGGAAUCGGUUCUGGAGUUUGAAAUUUUUGAGAUGAUUAAACAUCAAAUAAUUGACUCAAUUUACAGCAAAGAAGAUCGCGAUAAUGCGUACAAACUACUGAUUCAGAUCAUGAAACGUGAACGUUGUUUGGUUCUACUUGAUGGUCUAGAUGAGUGGAACGGUACUGGAGGUCAUAACCUGCAGACACUGGCUGUAUCCCUCAGUCAGUGCGAUAUGUUGAUUACAACUCGACCUUGGAAAAUGUCACAAUCGAAAAUACUCGACUCAAAAAUUGACAGGUUGCUACAACUAGAAGGCGUAAACGAGCCUUUUGAUGUGAGCAAAAGACUUCUGGCUUGUAGAGGUGAAUAUAAGGAAAGCAAGGCUUUGGACAAUAAACACUCUGAAUUUAAAUCGUACGUAUUCAAAAACGACUUGUAUGAAUUGCUGGUCUCACCAAUGCUGUUGUCGUUGAUAGUGCAGUCGUGGUCAGAAGGGACUGAACUGAAGGGCUCUAGGUGUGAAAUAUACAGCCUCUUGCUGGAAAGUCUUCUUAAGAAGGCGAACAGUGAAACAAGUGAAUUUCAAAGACCGCCCUUUCGAUGCUUCACAUGGACACAAUAUAUAAAACCCAACAAUGAGCACGUGGAUCGUUUGGCAGAAGCGGCAUUUUAUUUAUUUUUUUCAGAUAAACGGGAAAAUUCAUUAGUGUUUAGCAUUACAGAUUUAAAGAAUUCUAAUUCCAAGUUACAUGAACAAGAACGAUUGGACUUUGCAUUGAAAUCGGGUAUUUUAUCGGCAACACGAAAGGGAUCUAUAUUACGAUCAUCUUUAGCAUUUUCUUUUAUCCAUAAGAGCUUGCACGAAUUCCUUGCUGCUUAUCAUAUCGCCCGUAAUACCCAUCUCAAUCUAAUUGAUGACGUCAUAUCCGGAUAUCUUCACCGUCAAAAGGAUGCAUAUCUCGACAUAUCCCAGGUUUUCAUAUUUCUGUGUGGACUGGACAUCCUGGGUGCGAAUAAGCUUUCUGGCAUAAUGGAUGAACACAAUAAUGCUCGUGUAAAAUCAGGGUUUGAUAAUAACCUUUGUGGCAUCAUACUAACAGGAUACAUGAGAAGCUGUUGCCAAUGCGCAAACUAAAUUGCCCUGACACUUAGUCACAUCCACUGCGCCAAUUAUAAUAUGAGGGACGCUCAUAGCGUUUGGCAAAAUAACACGUUCAAUAUGUUGUCAUUGAGCUUAGACAUAAACUUAAGAGACAGAGAUAGUCAUGUUCCGGGCAGAGAAUGUUCACCUGCAACAACCGAGCCUCUAUCCCAUAUUGAGUUUAAACUGUCAUCCUGCCCCAUGAUCGACUCAUUAAAUGUAGUUGGGAACGGCAUUUGGCUUAAGGAGUCUGACAGUGCUGCUGGAUCAGAACAGCCGGUCUGGAUUGUUUUAGACAGUGCAAAUCCAGCACAGUGUACAGAUCCACCUUUAGUACUGCCCUCUAUUAAACACAUUUCAUUGAUUGAUGUCACAUGUUCCUCCGCUGGGCUACACAGUUUGUUCAGCACGCUUCUGACACUGGACCACGAGGUGAAAUGUGCCUUGAUGCGUUGUGACAUCUCAUCGCGUGUAGAGGGCGCACUCAGCAGAUUUUGUUUAUUCGCGGCAAUAACGACGGACGUAAACAACACAUUCAGUUUGCAUUUAGAAAGUGAUCAUUGCCCCGGUUUGUGGGAGGCUCUACAUGGUCAGUCUAUCAAAUGUCUGAGUCUCAGUGGACUCAAUGCAAAAUUGAAGAACCAAAAUGCAGAGUCGUUAUUGAAGUCAGUACAAUCACUCCCACAACUGGAAACGCUUAAUAUAAAAGUCAAUGUCAAUGCUUAUAUCAGCCCUAAUCUGUGGGAGACUCUGAAUAGCCUUAAUAUCAAGCGUGUGAUACUGAUUAUAAAUAGUGUGUGGUGUGGUCUGAUAGUACAUAAUGCAUCGAUGUUGUCGCAGGCUCUCCUUUCAAACAAUACGGAAACCAUUUGUAUGUACCUGAAUGCCCAGCCCUGUAAGAUUGAGGCUAUGCAUGGUCUGCCUAUCGAAAGUCUGAGUUUGUUUGGCAGUGGAGAAAGCUUGGACAUUAUUCACGUGUCGUCGCUGUACAAAAUGCUCUCGUCGCUCAAACAGCUGAAAAACGUCGGCGUUUUCGUAAACAAUGAAAAUCCCGGUCUUUGGGAGGCUUUCCAUGGUCUGAAUAUCAAGUGUCUGAGUCUGACUAAUAGAGAUUUGAGAGUAAAUCAUGUAUCGUCGUUUUCGCAGCUUCUAUCUUCUCUCGCACAGUUGGAAAUGUUAAAUGUUAAAGUGAAUUUUGACAGUCCCGGUUUUUUGGAUGCUCUACAUGGACUGAAUAUCAAGAGUUUGAGUCUUAAUGGUUUAAGAGGAGGUUUGACGGGAUUGGAUGAAAGAGUUGGCAGUGCAACAGAUGAAACCCUUGUCUCGGCUAUUCAAAUCGCUGAGACAGCUGGACACGCUUAGUAUUGGAGUGGAAGAUGACUGUUCGGGUCUGUCAGAUGCUCUGCAUGGUCUGUAUAUCAAGAGUCUGAGUCUGAGUGAUGGGUCGGGAAGUUUGAACGUAAAUCAUGCUGAGUUGUUGUCACAGUCAAUAUCUUCGCUCACGCAGCUUGAAACGCUUACAUUGCAUGUAUUUACAUAUAUGGACCUACAACUCCCUCAGUCAUUGAAGUAUUUCAAUUUUUACUGUACCGGAAUAUCUCCGCCACAAUUACGUGACCUACUGAAGGUACUCUCUGCGUGUACUCAGACUGUUAGAGUGUAAGCUGGAACUCGGUUGUGCACUUUGUACUAAUGAAGGUUUUCUUUUAGGACAAGAGGAUCCAAUUCCUCCGGAAGAAUACAUUCCCAUCCAACAAGAACUGACUGUACAGAGGAAUGUCGCGGUGAAACGAUUCCGAAUACUAGACCGGAUACGUGAUAAUAGAUGGUAUGAGUCUGCUGAUUCUGCUUGGUCGGUACGUGACAAUGUUGCUGUUGAGACACGAUGAUUAUGAUGAUGGUAUCGCUGAUGAUGAGACUUAUAACUUAUUCGUUCAACAUCUAGGUAGUGACAAUCGAAUUUCCAUCCGUCUAAAGAGUUAUGUAGCUUCGACCUAGUGAGUACAUACAUCCGUAGAGACUUGAUCAAUAGAAACCAAAAAAAACUAAAUAGCAAAUAUACAGCGUUUACCAUGAUAACGACAGAUUCAGUCAGAGACAGCUGAAUUAGCUGCUGCAUACAUGUAACAAAUAUCAUGCCAACAAACUCAUGUACACGUCUAAUUUUUAAUUGAAUACAUUACAUGUUUCAAAAGAUAAAAUACGUUAACUGUCUUUAUCGUGCUUAUGUAAGCAAAAUGUUUUAAAUGUAAACAUUCUCAAUUGCUACUUAAGAAAUGUGUUGAAUAAACUGUGAUCAUUUCCUGUCAAUCGAAAUGAAACCGCGUGUCGUGUUAAAAUUCAUCAUAAUACUACUUUGUCGCAUGUUAUAAUUCAUCACAUAGAACUUUGUGGCAUGUUAGAAUGUAUCAUGUACUACUUUGUGGCAUGCAAUUAUUCAUCAAAAUCUACUUUGUGACAUAUUAAAUUUAUCAUAUACUACUUUGUGGCAUGUAAUUAUUCAUCAUAAUCUACUUUGUGACAUGUUAGAAUUCAUCAUAUACUACUAUGUGGCAUGUUAGAAUUCAGCAUGAACUGCUUUGUGGCAUGAUAGAGUUAAUCAUAUAUACAAAUUUGUUGUGCACACUGCUUGUUAUGUUUCAAUUGUUAGUCUACAAAUUUCCAAAUUAAAGUAAUGUGUCAAAGGGGCAUAUCGAUGAGAUAUUCUCCUAAUGAAGAAAUCAAUUAAAAUUUGCUGGUUCCCAUUUUUUUCGCAUGAAUAUAUAUAUAGACCGGUAGUGUCAAUUUGUUGGUAAAAUAGUUAAAGUGUACACAAUUAAUUUGUUCAAUACAUUCCUCUCAUGUGACGUCUGAAAUAGUCGAGCACUUUAUCGAUAGCGUGCAUGCAGUAACUUACAUAAGUCGAUGGUGUACAUGCAGGCGGUGCAUUUCAUUCAUAACAAUUUUACUUCUAUCACGUGUGUCCUACGCGAACUUAAAUGGUCCCCGGGAAAAUGUUUAUAUUUAUUAAACAUAAACAGUUUGCAGUGUAUUUAUAAAAACAAACUAUAAGUGCAUUAACAAUUUAAUAAAUACUUAUUUGAAGAUUAUUUUCUAUCGAAAUUAGCCGUGCUCUCGGAAAAAUGGAUUUAAUGAAUGUUUAUUAAGUGUCGUCCUAGAUUUGCCUUCGCAGUCCGCAAAUUUCGUUUAGAGGAGACUUCACUUAAACGACAAUUUAAUUUAGAAGAGACGUUUAUUUUAGCAUAACAUUCCAAAAAAGCGGAAGAUUCGUACCCAAUGAGCUUGUGCGGACUUCACAGGCUUAUCUGGGCUGGUCUAGGCAGACACUUUACGCGAAUCCCUUAAGUCCACGUUUUCCCACAACGAAACUCAAUUAUGUGAGUCUUUGACAAAAACCUUUAAGAUUUAUCAAGAUUCCACUCGUCUCACGUUAAAUGUUGUGAAUUUUAAAUGUUGCGAGUCUUUGCCUAGAACCUUAAAGAUUUAGCAAUGAAAUCCACUUGCCGUUUGUUAAAUGUUGUGAGUCUUUGACAAGAACCUUUAAGAUGUAUCAAUGAUAUCAACUCGCCUUACGUGAAAUGUUGUGAGUCUCUGACAAGAACCUUAUAGAUUUAUCAAUGAAAAUCCACUGGCCUCAUGUUAAAUGUUGUAAGUCUUUGACAAGAACCUUUAAGAUUUAUCAAUGCAAUCCACUUGCCGUAUGUUUAAUGUUGUGAGUCUUUGACAAGAACCUGUAAGAUUUUUCAAUGUAUUCACUUGCCUUAUGUUAAAUGUUGUGAGUCUUUGACAAGAACCUUUAAGAUAUAUCAAUGAAAUCUACUCGCCCGCCUUAUGUAAUAUGUUGUGCGUCUUUGACAAGAACCUUAAUUAAGGUAUAUCAAUGAAAUCUACACGCCUUAUGUAAAAUGUUGUGAGUCGUUUACAAGAUCCUUUAAGAUAUAUCAAUAAAAUCCACUUGCCGUAUUUUAAAUGUUGUGAGUCUUGGACAAGAACCUUUAAGAUAUAUCAAUGAAAUCCACUCGACUUAUGUCAAAUGUUGUGAGUCUUUGACAAAAACCUUUAAGAUUUAUCAAUGAAAUCCACUUGCCUUAUGUUAAAUGUUGUGAGUCUUUGACAAGAAUCUUUCAAAUUUAACAAUGAAAUCCACUCGCCUUAUGUUAAAUCUUGUGAGACUUUGACAAGAACCUUUAAGAUUUAUCAAUGAAAUCCACUCGCCGCAUAUUAAAUUGUGUGAGUCUUUGACAAGAACCUUAAAGAUUUAUCAAUGAAAUCCAAUCGCCUUAUGUUAAAUGUUGUGAGUCUUUGACGAGAACCUUUAGAUAUCAAUGAAAUCUACUCGCCUUAUGUCAAAUGUUGCGAGUCUUUGACAAGAACCUUAAAGAUUUAUCAAUUAAACCACUUGCCGUAUGUUAAAUGUUGUGAGUCUUUGACAAGAACAUUUCAGAUUUAUCAAUGAAAUCCACUCGACUUAUGUUAAAUGUUGUGAGUCUUUGACAAGAACCUUUAAGAUUUAUCAAUAAAAUCCACUCGGUUUAUGUUAAAUGAUGUGAGUGUUUGACCAAAACCUUAAAGAUUUUUUUAAUGAAAUCCACUCGCCUUAUGUUUAAUGUUGUGUGUCUUUGACAACAACCUACACGAUUUAUAAAUGAAAUGCACUUGCCUCAUAUUAAAUGCUGUCAGCCUUUGACAAGAACCUUCAAAAUUUAUCAAUGAAAUCCACUCGCCUUAUGUAAUGUGUGUCUUUGACAAGAACCUUUAAGAUUAAUAAAUGAAAUCAACUCGCCUUAUGUUAAAUUUGAUACAGUUUCAAUAGUUUGGGUUCAGAUCCAGGUUCAAUUUCUUAUAAUUAUUAGAAUAUAUUUGUCAUAUUAUAUUUUGUGAGUCAAUUACCACUUAUCAAUAUCGCUUGUGUUUUUAUUAUAAAAUUAGUGUACGUGCAUUUUGGACCUAAUUCAUUGUAUGAAAGUUGUAAUACAAUAAAACUACUCAAACGGG